AAUUCCACUACGCGGCGUCUUCGAACGCGCCGCGGCAGCCAUGUUGGACGUGGCCAGUACAGGGGCCGGCACCAGGGGGUUAUCGAAGCAGCUGUCACGAUGCUGGGGUCCCUGGUGUUGAGGAGAACAGCGCCGGCGCCGCGGCUGCUCCUCCAGCUGCUUAGGUCCCCAUCGCUCCGGAGCCGUGGGAGUGCCACCGACCGGAGUGUGACCACCGGGGGACGCGGGGAGCCUCAGUGGCUGAGGACAGCCAUCCGGGGGCGCCCUGGAACAUCGCCGGCCUUACUCACAAGAGAAGGGACAGCCACUGGGGGGCGCCAGAGGGGAGGUACCGAGACCCCCUGCCUCGCAGCCGCCACGUGGGGACGCCUUCCUAGCCCCGAAGACACUCUGCCUGGACAGGACAGCUGGAACGGGGCCCUCAACAGGGCCGGAAUGGGCGUGUGGGCGCUGGCAACGGUGCUGGUGGUACACUGUUACAGCAAGAGCCCGUCCAACAAGGAUGCAGCCCUGGUGGAAGCUGUUCGAGCCAACAAUGUCCAGGAAGUCAACAGGCUGUUGUCGGAAGGUGCUGAUGUCAAUGCAAGGCACAAACUUGGCUGGACAGCACUCAUGGUGGCAGCCAUCAACCGAAACGACAGUGUGGUGCAGGUCCUGCUUGCAGCUGGUGCUGACCCAAACCUCGGGGAUGAUUUCAGCAGUGUUUACAAGACUGCCAAGGAGCAGGGAAUCCAUUCUUUAGAAGAUGGGGGACAGGAUGAUGCAAGCUGGUACAUCACAAACCAGUGGACAAGUGCCCUGGAGUUCAGGAGACGGCUAGGAGUCCCCGCCAGCGUCCUGGUCACCCGAGAGGAUGACUUCAACAACCGGCUGAACAACCGUGCCAGCUUCAAGGGCUGCACAGCCCUGCACUAUGCUGUCCUUGCUGACGACUACCGCACCGUCAGGGAGCUGCUUGGUGGAGGAGCUAACCCCCUGCAGAGGAAUGAAAUGGGACACACACCCUUGGAUUAUGCUCGAGAAGGGGAGGUGAUGAAACUCUUAAGGACUUCUGAGGCCAAGUACCAAGAGAAGCAGCGGAAACGUGAGGCCGAGGAACGGCGCCGCUUUCCCCUGGAGCAGCGGCUGAAGGAGCACAUCAUUGGCCAGGAGAGUGCCAUCGCCACAGUAGGUGCUGCGAUCCGGAGGAAGGAGAAUGGCUGGUACGACGAAGAACACCCUCUGGUCUUCCUCUUCCUGGGAUCAUCUGGAAUAGGAAAAACAGAACUGGCCAAGCAGACAGCCAAAUAUAUGCACAAAGAUGCCAAAAAGGGUUUCAUCAGGCUUGACAUGUCUGAGUUCCAGGAGCGGCAUGAGGUGGCCAAAUUUAUUGGGUCCCCACCAGGCUACAUCGGCCAUGAGGAGGGUGGCCAGCUGACCAAGAAGCUGAAGCAGUGCCCCAACGCUGUGGUGCUCUUCGAUGAGGUGGACAAAGCCCAUCCAGAUGUGCUCACCAUCAUGCUGCAGCUGUUUGAUGAGGGCCGGCUGACAGAUGGAAAAGGGAAGACCAUCGACUGCAAGGACGCCAUCUUCAUCAUGACCUCCAACGUGGGCAGUGACGAGAUAGCACAGCACGCGCUGCAGCUGAGGCAGGAAGCUUUGGAGAUGAGCCAUAACCGGAUCGCCGAGAACCUUGGGGAUGUCCAGACUAGUGACAAGAUCACCAUCUCUAAGAACUUCAAGGAAAAUGUGAUUCGCCCCAUCCUAAAAGCUCACUUCAGGAGAGAUGAGUUUCUGGGACGAAUCAAUGAGAUCGUCUACUUCCUCCCCUUCUGCCACUCGGAGCUCAUCCAACUCGUCAACAAGGAGCUGAAUUUCUGGGCCAAGAGAGCCAAGCAAAGGCACAACAUCACACUGCUCUGGGACCGUGAGGUGGCAGACGUGUUGGUUGACGGCUACAACGUGCACUAUGGCGCCCGCUCCAUUAAGCAUGAGGUGGAGCGCCGUGUGGUAAACCAGCUGGCGGCCGCCUACGAGCAGGACCUGCUGCCAGGGGGCUGCACUCUGCGCAUCACUGUGGAGGACUCAGACAAGCAGCUACUCAAGAGUCCUGAACUGCCCUCACCCCAGGCUGAGAAGCGUCCACCCAAGCUGCGGCUGGAGAUCAUCGAUAAGGACAGCAAGACCCACAGAUUGGACAUCCAGGCACCACUAAACCCUGAGAAGGUGUGCCACACCCUCUAGUGUCUACCUACCUGCCUAUACGUGCCCUGAACACCUAAUAAAGCCCCCUUGGCUGUGGCAUGGUAACGACCUACCUUCUCCUCCUGCCUCUCGCUCCUCUCCAAAGUCAAAAGCAGGAAUUUUGCCCUACCCUGAUCCCUUCCUGUGGGCCCCACAUGUGCUAACAGGUCUCUGGGAGAGGAGCUGCUCCUCCAUCCCCUUCAAGCCAGGGGGAAGAGGGAGGUCUCUUAUCUCUGUCCUUCAGCGUGAUCCCCAUGUCCCAGCGUCUCUGGAACUUUAUCAUGUUUCCUGGAAGCUCAGAAGUAUGGCAGCUGAGAACAGAUCUGGCUGGAAAGAGACAGGGACCAGGCUGUGACCUGCCACCCUUUACUGGCUCUCAUGCAACUGAGUCCCCAGAAUGUCUCCACUGGGAAUGGAGAAGAAUGCAGAGGCCCAGGCACAGAGGUUCUGCAUUUAGGCCGUAGCUUCCUCUUUCCCAAGCUCUAAAAUUCCAAGGGAAAGGGACUCUCAGGGACACUACUGUGUCAUAGCUACUGUUGCUCCCCACCCCGUGUUCAGAGGUCAGACCAGAGCAUGUCUCUCCAGCCUUGGAACUAAGCCAGCAUAGGGCAUCUUUAGGAGGAAGGCUGACUGGGUACUACCCUGCCCUACACGGAGACUGGACAGAAGUUACCAAAUGACCAAGCAAGGUCAGCUCUACAGGGCCUCCUUCAGGAGACCAACUACGUAGACAUUGGGGAACUGCAGGAGGAGGAAUCAUGGGGUCGGGCUCUGCCCAGAUGGCCAUGGAGCCUGCCUCAGCCCCGUCUAUACUAUGAUCCCAGCUAAGUGAACCUGGAAUAAACAGCUCCCCUGUGCAGUCUGCAUGUUAGUCACUAAGCAGAGGGACUGCACACCAUCCCCCAAGGCAUUCCACAGACCAGACAUGUUCCAGCCUCAGCUUAGCAGGGCACAGCAAGGCUUGGUACACCUUGGGAACCAUCUGCAAUAGCCACCAUCGAUGACCAUGUCAUCACCCUCCCCCUGCGGGGCCAUUUUGGAACCUUCCUUUGGUGUUACAAAGUCUCUUUCAGGAAGCAGAAAAUGGGGACAGGAAUCAAAAUCCCUUGGGUGAUGACAACAUGGCGAGUGUGAGGCAGUCAGAAGCCAGAACAUGGGCUCCAGCAGAUGCUCCAGAAAUCACUGUCCAGCCCCUCAAGGAGUUGUCUGCUGCUUCUUAACCUCAGUGACUGCCAUUCUUUUUUUUUUUUAAUUUAUUUUAUUUACUUAUUUUUGGCUGCGUUGGGUCUUUGUUGCUGCACGCGGGCUUUCUGUAGUUGCAGCGAGUGGGGGCUACUCUUCGUUGCGGUGUGUGGGCUUCUCAUUGCUGUGGCUUCUCUUGUUGCAGAGCAUGAGCUCUAGGUGCACAGGUUUCAGUAGUUGUGGCACGUGGGCUCAGUAGUUGUAGCUCACGUGCCAUUCUUUUUUGUGUGUUAUUAUUAUUAUUAUUAUUAUUUUACUUCUUGCUCUGAAAUAAUUUUAGACUUACAGGUAGUUGCCAAAAUAAUAGAGUUCCCAUGCACCCUUCACCAGCUUCUCCUAAUAUUAACAUCUUUAAAAAUUAUUAAAUUACAGUAUAAUUAGUAAAACCAGGAAAUUAACAUGAUACAGUACUACUAACUAAUCUGUAGACAUUCAAAUUUUGCCAUGUUCCCCACUGAUGUCCUUUUUCUGGUCCAGAAUCCAAUCGAGGAGCCCACAUUGCAUUUUGUUAUGUUUUCUUCAUCUCCUUCAGCCUGUGACAGUUCCUCUGGCUUUCUUUGCCUUUUAUGACCUUGACACUUUUGAAAUGUCCAGAUCAGUUAAUUUGUAGAAUGUCCCUUAAUUUGGGUUUGCCUGCUGUUUUCACAUGAUUAGAUCGAGGGUCUACAUUUUGGGCAAGACUAACCCACAAGUGAUGCUGUGCCCUUCUUAGUGCCUCAUAGUGGCAGCACAUGGCUGAGGUUGUGUGUGCCAGUUUCUCCACUGUAGGUUUACUAAUUUCCCUUUUGAAAUUAAUAAGAAUCUCAUGGAAAGAUAGGAGCUGUAUAGAUGUCUUAUUUAUCCUUAGAAUUUUGCCUAUUGAUUUUUAGCAUCCAUCAAUGGUUCUUACUUAUAACAAGCAUUAAUAUUGUAUUUGCCUAAUGAUGACUUUCUCUUUUCUUAUUCCAUCUAUGUUUAUUAAUUGGUAUUCUACUGUAAGGAACAGCUGUCUCUUUUCCCCCAUUUAUUUAUUCAGUAAUUUAUUUAUAUUAGUAUAAACUAAUGGAUAUUUGUUUUAGUCUAUGGGUUAUAACCUAAUACUAACAUAGUUUUUUUUUUGCUCAUUUGGCCUAGAUUUGGCCAUUGGGAGCUCCUAAAUUGGCUCCUGUGUUGUUUCAACAUUGCCCCAUCAUUUUUUUUAGUAUUGCCUUACUUUCUGGUACCACAGGAUAUUCCAGGCUCACUCAUACUUUUCUUGUCCCAGCCCUGGCAUCAGCCAUUUCUCUAAGCAGCUCCUGGUUCCUUUUAUUUGAGAAUGGUACUUAGAAACUAAGGUGGUAUAUUCAUUGCUACUGGAGUGUUGUUGCUUCUAGGCCUUUUCAGCACACAAAGCUAGGAAAUAUAUGUGUGUAUGUUAACACAUGUAUCACACACAACUGAAUUUAUUACUGUAUCUGUCCAUCUGUAUAUUAUUAAAAACUAUGAGUCUGUAUUGAUGCCUACAGUUCUAAUCCAAUACCACAAGGUUUGCAAUUUGCCCUUAUUAUUAUGACUUUACUAUUCUUUUUCUGCUUCUUCCUCUCCUGCUAUCUCUGUUUCUUCUCCUCUCACUCUGUUUUUUGUUCAGACUUCCCUUAGAGGCUCUAAUUAAGUCAGUCGGUGACCAUCCUAUAUGGAACAUUCCUAUUGGAUAAAGUUCUUAUGCUUGGCUGUCAGUCCCUUGGUUUAGUCAGCUGCGGCCAGGAGCAGCAGACAUAUAACUCAAAACCAGAUAAUUUUUGUACAAGAAAACCCAAUGGCCACCUUUCUGAGAAGAGGGUAGGGGACAGGGUAGACCCUCAGAUUCUGAGGAACUUAAGUAUCACUUGUAGGGAAUCUUAGCUAGACCUCCUAGGUGAUGUUGGACCAUAGCAUCCUAGGCAGUAUUCAGCUCACUUGCAUUAUCUGUUCUAUGUAAGAACAAAUAGAGUGUAAGAUCCAAGAGGGCAGAUACCCAGUUAUUCCACUCACUAUCCUAUUCAUAGAAGCUGGCACAGAGCCAUCACAUGAUGGCUGCUCCAGGUAUUUGGAUGGAUGGGUGGGCCCUGCAGCAAGCAUAGACCUUCAUAGUGAGUCCCAGGACAGAACAGUAUCAUAUGUUCAUGGAGUACACAUUUGUCAUGUGUUUGUGGCAGGCAGUAGAACCUGCUAGACCCUUAGUGAAUGGGGCAAAGUAAGACCCCAGAUACUUACUGAGUAUCCAGAAAUACAUGAGGCUGGACUUGCAAAUGAAAAUGUAAUAUCUUUAUUGUUCAAAAGGAAAAAUUCAAAGAUAUGUAGUGAUGGUUUUAGGAAUUUAGAAAAAAACACAUUUAAAGCAUAGGAAAAUAGAAAAUGGAUCAAUUAAAGAUAAAACCUGAAGUUAAGUAGGAAUUCAAAAAACAAAAAAAGGAGAAAGGAUAAGAAAACUAUUCUUUUUGAAAACACCAAUAAAAUAGAUAAAAUCUCCUCAGCCUGAUAUAAGGAAAAAGCAAAAAAAAAAAAAACAAGAUUAGGAAUGAGAAAUCAGACAUAACCACAUAUAUGAAAGUAUUUAAAAUAAUUUUAGGAGAAGUCUGUGGCCACAAUUUUGAAAACAGAGCAGAUAGAUCGUUUCCUAGCAAACACUGACCCAAGUCAGUGGUUUGAAUACGCCAAUUAGUUACCAAAAGAAGAGAUUGGAAAGGUCAUUAAAAUUUUAUCUUUUUAAAAGAUUGUUUUCUUUAAACUUUUUAAAUUGACAUAUACAUGGAAAAGUACACAAAUCACAAGUAUACAAUUCAAUGAGUUAUCCACAAAGUGAAUACCACUGUAGCCAUCAUCCAGCCCAAAAAAUAGAUCAGAGUAAUUUUUAAUUACUAUAAAAACUGAUUCAGAUCAUGGGAAAAGAUGGAAAGAUGCUCAGUUGAUUUUUAAAGGCCAGCGUAAGAUUAAUACUCAAACCCGCUAAACUGCCAAAAAGAAUGCCAUAGCUUAAUCUCAUCUACGACUAUAGAGGCAAAACUUCCAAAUAAAACUAAGUUGAAUUAUACAACAUAAUUACGUAAGUUUUAUUUCAGCAAUACAAGCCUCAGUAUCAGGAAAUUUAUUAAUAUAAUCCAUUACAUCAAGAACUUGAAGAUUAUUUAAAUGUCUGUAGAUUAAUAUUAAUUUUCUUAUUUUGAUAAUAGUUCUUAUGAUUAUGUAAGAGAAUAUCCUUGUUUUUAGAAAAUAUACAUUGAAAUAUUUAAAGAUAAAGACAGUUGGCAAACGUUUCAGGAAGCUAAAUUAUACAUACACACACAUACAGAAGUAUACAUACAGAAUGAUAAAACAAAAGUAAAGUAUUUACAUGGAGGAAAUCUGAGUGAAGGGUAUACAGGAACUCUUUGUAUUGUUUUUGCAACUUUUCUGUAAGUCUAAAAUUAUUUCAGAAUAAAGUUUUUUUAAUGAAAGGAGAUGAACAUUUUAUCAGUAUAUGCUGAAAAAGCAUUUGAUAAAAUAUUACAGCUUUAAGUAUGAUUUGAUAAACUCCAAGUAAAAGAAACCAUCAAAAGCCAAUAGCAAACAUUUUUAAUUAUAAAUACUAAAGCUACUUCUGUUAAAGUCUGAAAUAAGACAAGAGUCAACACUGCUUUGAAAAUUUAGGUGUAAAUAAUUAGGCAAGAAAAGUGAGUAAUUGGUAUCUAUUGGAAAAUAAUAAAUGAUCUUGUUUUGUUGAUAUGUGACUAUGCUUUUAGGAGAUCUAAGAGGCUAUAAGUAAAACCUAUUAGCAUUAAUAAGGAAAUUUGGUAAGUGAGUAAAAGAUAAAUGUACAAAAAUCAAUUGCUUUUUUCUAUUCCAGCAAUAAUCAACUAGAAACAAUAACAAAAGUAUUCCAUUCACAAUUGAAAUAAAUAGGUGUAUGUAUAUGCUCAUAUAAAUAUAAAAUAUCUCUGGAAGAGAGAAGAAUUGGGCAGAGAGGAGAUUGCAAUGGAAGGGUAAAUUCACUGUAUUCACUUUUAUAAUUUAAAGUUUUGAACCAUAUUAAUGUGAUACCUAUUCAAAAUUAUAAAAUACGAAGAAUAAACAAAAAAUCAUAUUGAAGGGCAUAGAACAAGAUCUGACAAGUGAAAAGACAUACCAGGUUCUUGGAAGGGUGACUUGAUAUCAUUAAAGUGUCAAUUCUUUAAUAUACAAUUCAGUGCAAGCAUAGUUAGACUCGAACAUCUUUAAUUUAAUAAAAUUAAAAUCAUGUUAUACUGAAGUGUCUAGUAGCUUCACCAUAUGGAGCUACUGUUUUCUGGGUUAGGGAGAUAAUGAGUUACUACUGCUGUCAGUUACUACAAUUCCAUCUUGAUAGCACGCAAACUAGAGAAUAAGUAAAUGUAACUACUAUCAAUGUACACCCUAAAUAAAAUUAUGAGAGAAUAGAAAGAGAAGAAUUAAUGUCUGUGACUGGAGUGUAGAGAGUGUAUGUGAGUGUGAAGAAGAGGAGAACGUGGUGGGAAAUGAAGCUAGAGAGAUGAGUUUCUGUACUUCAUAGUGUCUUGAAUGCCAUGCUGAGAGGAUGAAAUGGCCAUAUUUGUGUCUUUAAAAGACCCUAUGGGGCUUCCUUGGUGGCACAGUGGUUGAGAGUCUGCCUGCCGAUGCAGGGGACACGCGUUCGUGCCCCGGUCCAGGAAGAUCCCAUAUGCCGCGGAGCGGCUGGGCCCGUGAGCCAUGGCCGCUGAGCCUGCGCGUCCGGAGCCUGUGCUCCGCAACAGGAGAGGCCAGAACAGUGAGAGGCCCACGUACCGCAAAAAAAAAAAAAAAAAGCCCCUUGAUUGCAGUAUGCAGAAUGUUUGGGGGUGACUUCUGACCAAUAUAUCAAUAUAACAGACAGUAGUUCCAGGCAAACUCACUUCCUACCUCAAAUAUAGAAAUAUUGAAUAUUAUGUAGCCAAAAAAAAAAGUUUGACACACAACUGGACUUAAACCUAAAAAUGGGAAAUCCCAGGGUUCCAGAAAUGAAUGGGAACCCAAAAGUCAGAGGGUUUGUGAGAGUGGAGGUCAAAGAGUUCAUGGAGACUUGGGACUCAGAUAUAGGCCUAAUGGCUGAGUGCUAGGCCUUCAACACUGAAACAGGAGUCUCAAAGGACUACUUCCUUGUGAAAUGAAGACUAGAAAAACACUGCUCCUUAACCUGGGAAUCAGUAGGGAAAUACAAAAAAGUCUAACAUCACUCAGAGAUGUAAGUAGAAAGAGUCAGCUACAAAGAAACUAAGACAUUUGCUGUUUGUGAGAGUGUGGUCUAAAUUCACAGUACCCAAAUGUUACUGGAACGUCAAGAUGAAAAACUAACAAAAAACUGGUCCUGGGCCGUAGGAUCCCUUAGAAGCAAACACAAAACUGUUCUGUAAGGAUAUUCUUGUAACCAAGUUUUCACAAAGGAACCUUUGGAAAAACAAGUCCUAUUGAAAUGAGCUUACAGGAAAACUUACCCCAAAUAAAGGAGGAGGAGAAGAGAAAACGAAAGAAGAAGAAGCAAACCACCAUGAAGGAGAGCAAACUCAGCAGAUGCAACAAGUGGGAGAUUUUGCACUCCAAGAAUUGUAGCAGAAGAAUCUGAAUUUAAAAGACGUAUGUUGGCACUUCCCUGGUGGUGCAGUGGUUAAGAAUCCGCCUGCCAAUGCAGGGGACACGGGUUCGAUCCCUGGUCCGGGAAGAUCCCACAUGCCGUGGAGCAACUAAGCCCGUGCGCCACAACUACUGAGCCUGUGCUCUGGAGCCCGUGAGCCACAACUACUGAGCCCACGUGCCACAACUACUGAAGCCUGUGCACCUAGAGCCUGUGCUCCGCAACAAGAGAAGCCACUGCAAUGAGAAGCCCACGUACUGCAACGAAGAGUAGCCCCCACUCGCCGCAACUAGAGAAAGCCCACACACAGCAGCAAAGACCAAAUGCAGCCAUAAAUAAAUAAAUAAAUUUUUUAAAAAUUAAAAAUAAAAGUAUGUUUAGGGACUUACCUGGUGGUGCAGUGGUUAAGAAUCUGCCUGCCAAUGCAGGGGACAUGGGUUCGAGCCCUGGUCUGGGAGGAUCCUGCAUGCCGCGGAGCAAGUAAUCCUGUGCACCACAACUACUGAGCCUGUGCUCUAGAGCCCGUGAGCCACAACUACUGAGCCCACAUGCCAAAACUACUGAAGCCCACGUGCCUAGAGCCUGUGCUCUGCAACAAGAGAAGCCCAUGUACCACAAGGAGGAGUAGCCCCCACUCGGCACAACUAGAGAAAGCCCGCACGCAGCAGCAAAGACCCAACACAGCCAAAAAUAAAUAAAUUUUAAUAAAUAAAAAAUAAAGUAUGUUUAAAAUAUUCAGAGAAAUAAAGGGAGGACUAGAAACCAUAAGGCAAGAAAGGACAGUAUGAAAAAAGAAUAGGUGAACUUGAAAAAAGAACCUUUGUUCUAGGUGGUUUCUUUAGAUUUAUUUCCUUUUUUUUUUUUU